CAAUAUAGGAAGUAAAUUCCACUGCCUGCGAAUCUUGUUUUGGGAACUCGAAAACAAGGCAGAAAUAUAUCUGUCACGGUAAAUUUGUUCUGCUGUUUCUCAUUUGGAUCCGAUUUUAACCGUCGACCCGUGUGGCUGUAACGCUAACGUUUAACUCCGUUAAUCUAAGCAGGUAUUAAAAGUCAAUGAGUCGCAGUCGCAACCCACCUCCUCGGGGUCAAGGGGCGGCCCGAGCCAAACAGAUGGGGCUGCUCCUUGACCUGUCUCCGGAUGGCGGCAUGGAUGAUGAGGGAAAUGAUGAUGAGCUGGAGGCAGAGUUACUCAAUCUGGUGGGAGGAAGGAAGGAAGGAAGAGCACAAGGGAAGAAAGGUGAUGGGAGAGCUCCUGUUCCCAUGGCUGAAAUUGAGCGAAUGGCAGCUCUGUGUAUGAAAGAUAUAGAUGAUGACGACAUGGGGGACGAUGAUUUGGAUGAUGAAGAUCUGUUGGCAGAACUGAAUGAUGUUUUGGAGGAUGAUGAGGAGCAUACUCCAGCUCCAACUCCACCUGCCGCUACACCAACAGCUCCUAAAACUAGUGUCGCCUCACACCCCUCACCUCCUGCUGCUCCCAGUGGUGCAACUGGGUUGGAGUCACGGCUCCUCGAGCGUAUUGAAAUGUAUCAGACUGCCAUUUCCAACGCCAAGGCUGCAGGCGAGACUAGCAAAUUUCGAAGAUAUGAACGCGGGCUGAAGACUCUACAGUCCAUGCUAACAUCUGCCAAGAAAGGAAAACCAGUCAAUGAAGAAGAGAUGCCUCCACCUGUUGCUCUCGGCGGAAAGUCGGAUGCCCCAGCCCAGCCUGAAGUGGUUAAAGAACGAGAGGUGCCCAAGCCUGUGCUGGUCCCUCCCCCUCCCACCAAUCAGAAACCUCUGAGGGAAGCUGACCCGACACCUCUGAACACUAAGCCAACGCGUUUGAUCCCUCCCCAAAAGCAAGCUGCUGCCAUGACUCCGGAAACACCUGCCAUCUCUCCCCUCACACCCAGCCAGCCUAAUGCUCAUCACUCAGAGGCGAAACAGGCAGUGUUGACCAGACAGAGGGAUUAUAAGAUGGCUGCCAUACACGCCAAACAGAGCGGCAACAUUGACCAGGCCAAACAGCACUACCUCACUGCCAAGAACUUCGAUGUGAUACUGGAGGCACUGGACCGGGGCGAACCAGUAGACCUGAGCUCACUGCCUCCUCCACCUGGAGACGUAAUAACAGAGCAAAGUGCGCCUCCUCAGUCUUCUUCUAAACCUGACCCUCCUGCUGCUCCUGCUGCUCCUGCUGCUCCUGCUGCUCCUGCUGCUCCUGCUCCCUCCCAGGUGGCCACUCCGGAUCUGCCUGCUCCCAAAAGUUUGGCUGAAGCCCUGCAGCAGAGGUUGGACAUAUACAAGUCAGCAGCAGAGGGAGCUAAGAGCAAAGGGGACGAUCGCAAGGCCCGGAUGCAUCAGCGCAUUAUGAAGCAAUAUCAGGACGCCAUCAAAGCUCACAAAGCUGGCCGACCUGUUAACUUAUCUGAUCUACCCGUGCCACCAGGUUGUCCACCGCUUCAGGGCACAGAGGGUGGUCAGCAGAACUUCAUGGGUGUCCUGGAAACAGCAAUGAAAAUAGCAAACCAGGAUGCAGACGCAGAAGAUGAGGAAGAGGAUGGACAUGAAGAAGCUGCCAAGGCUGUGGUGCGUCCACCUGUCCAGAAAGCAAAGUCUCCAGCUCCUCAGGCUCCUGCAGGCUCCUCAACUCCGAAACUGGGAGCUAAAGCCCAGCAGCAAUUGGAUUUCCUGUUGCUAAGGCGACAAGCUUUCAUGCGUGCGGCACUGCGCUCCAAAAAUAUGAAGGACAUGACAGGAGCAGCACAGCACCUCAGACAUGCCAAAGGACUGGACGCCAUGAUCACUGCUGCAAAGUCUGGCCUACCUGUUGACAUCACCAAGAUUCCCAGUCUUCCAGUAAGUGAAGAGGACUACACGCUGGCUCGUUCCCGUACCUCUCCUUCUUCUCGUACCACGAGUGAGCAGUACCAUAACCUCAUGGAUCACUUGAAAAAGCAGUACGAGAAAUGUCUGGGCCUCUCCCAGCAAUUCACAAACACGGGAAACGUGGCCGAGGCUUUUAAGUCUGAGAAGUUACUUGAGGAGACCAUGAAGUACAUAGAGAUUCUAAAGAGUGCCUACACAAAGGGUCAUCCAGUCCCCAAGUGCCGCACCGAGGAGAGAACCUUCAACUCUAUCAAAAUCAACCCCAACCUGACACUCAAUGACCUGAUACUGUACGUCACCCGAGGCAUCAACCUCCCAGCUCCCUCUGGUGUCUCUGCUAAUGAUCUGGAUGCCAGUGUAAAAUUUGAGUUUCCUUUUCCCAGCGCGGAGGAGGCUCAGAGGGACAAAACCAACACAGUAAAGAACACCAGCAGUCCAGAGUUUAAAGAGACUUUCAGACUCAACAUCAACCGCGGCCACAGGGCCUUUAAACGAGUCAUACAAUCCAAGGGAAUCAAGUUUGAAAUCAUCCACAAGGGAGGCCUGUUUAAGAAUGACAAAGUAGUGGGAACUGCUCAGCUGAAGCUAGAAGGUCUAGAAAAUCACUGUGAAAUCAGAGAGAUCUUAGAGGUGAUGGAUGGACGUAAAACUACAGGCGGCAAGCUGGAGGUGAGGGUGAAGAUCAGAGAGCCUCUGUCAGGCGUCGAGUUGCAUCCAGUGAAGGAGAAGUGGCUGACUCUCGAACCAGUCUCCACGCCGACAGAGAAACAAAAGGAACGGGCUCCAUCUCCUCAGUCCAAACCGAGACAUGGAGGAAACGGCAGGAGCAGCUCGGAUCAGCCUACAUCUCCUCGGUCUAAACCGAAACACGAGGCGAGCAGCAGGAGCGGUCACUCCAGCAGCUCCCCUCCACAGUACAAACUCCACAGCUUCAGCCUCCUCAACUACGACAAGGAGCGGCUGGAGAGGAAGAUUACAGAGUACAGAAAGAACAAGCAGGAACCCCCGUCUGACCUCAUCCCUCAGCACAAAGAGGUCAUACACCGACUGCAGUGGCAGAAAGCACAGCUGGAACGAGCCUCUCCUGCCAUGCUCACAGAAUAUGAAAACGUGCUGCAACGCUUCGUUCAAGGACUUUCUGAGUCUGUGAAAAAAUACUCCAGCCAAGGAAACCGGGACGCUGCCAAGGAUGCACUGGGCAGGUUGAAGAUGGUUGAGAAUGAGCUGGAAUCGCUGAAGAGGAAACGCACUGGAUGAGAGCAGAAUAAGGAGUGGAGCCCUGGCUGGAGUACUGUUUUCUCUCUCUCUCUUUCUCUUUCUCUCAUACACACUCAUAUACCAAACGCUACAGUGGGUACAAUAAGCACCUUUAGCAUGAUUCAGUGCUGCAAAACAACUGCAUGAGCUAAACUGCUAAUGCAGUCAGUUGUUCAUUUAGCUUGUGUCAUAUGUGGUUAGUUACCUGCCACAAUAACCUAACAAACGGCUGCAGCCGCCAAGCAGACGGCAAUUAAAAACACAUCCAAAUGUGUAAAGAGGGAGAUGCAUUUGCACUUAAACAAGACAAACACUACAGGAAACUGCUUCUAAAGAAUGGCUUUACAGACUUUACUGGUAUUCUAUUUUGUUUUGGGUU